UCUUUCUCUCAUUCAGCGAACCCUAAGAAAAAAAACUCCCAUUGACGAAGUUUAGGUUCUCCUGUCGGAUCUUCUCUUCUGAUACAAUUAUCAAUUUUAAUCUCUCUUUACAUUAUUCUUUUUCCUAAUUAGAUGUUUCAAUAAUAAAAAAAACCCUUAGCUUUUAUUUUUAAUUAUUACUCUAGAUCUGGAUUAACUAUUAACUCGAAUUCGGAGUAAAAAAAUCCAAUCUUUUUUGAUGUUGGGCUCUCCCGAGAGGAAGGAGAAUCCUCCGAAGAAACCCAGAAUUGAUAAGGACGAUUACAACGAGUUAUCAGCAAUUCAUAUCUUUUGGCUAAACGUUGAAAAUGCCAGCUGAGACCUUUUUGGUGCGCCCUAUGUUUGCAAUAUUGGUAGAGAUAGAAAUUGAAGAAAAACAGAUCCGUUAUUUAUAGGUCUACUAUGCUGUCAUCAAUGAUCCAAGCCAUCGAUAAUCAAUUAGAGAUUGAACCCAUCAUAGAGAAUCAAGCCACUGAUAAUCAUUUAGAAAUUCCAUCCGGGGAAGAUGAUAUCAAGCCUGUUAUAGAAGGUCAAUUGGACAGUGAGCCCAAUCUCGAAGAUCAGUCAGAAUAUGUGCCGAUUAUAGAAGAUCAAGCCAUUUAUGAUCCGUCUGAAGUCGAGCCUAUUUCCGUAGAUCAAGCUGUUGAUAACGAUGCUGUACUCAAGCUUAUUGGUGAAGAUCAAGAUGCUGCUUGCAAAUUCGAAAUCGAAGACCAAGUAACCACUAAUCAGUUAGAAGGUUAUGUGGGCGUCACUGAAGAUGACGCUAUUGAUAAUCAAUCAGAAGCAGAGCAAAAUUAUGAAGAACAGGACAUUGAUAAUCAGUUAGAACAUGAUCCCAUUGCAGAUGGUCAAAUUGAUCUAUCCUCAAAAUUCAUCACUGAUAGGGUAUUUGAAACUCGAAAGGAGUUAAUUGAUUGGGCAAAAGAAACUGGAAGAGAAGUGGGGACUGUUAUUGUGACUAAAAAGUCGGAUUUUGUCACAGGGAGGACACCCAGGCUUCUUCUUGGCUGUGAACGGGCUGGUAAGUACAGGCCUCGUAAACCAGGAGCUGAGAGAAAAGGUGGAAAGAGGAAAAGCACUACGAAGUUGUGUGGGUGUCCAUUUUUAAUGAGGGGACUUUAUCAACUAGGUACUCCAGAUAAAUGGAAGGUUAAAGUUGUUUGUGGACGGCACAACCAUCCAUUAGUUGGUCAUGUUGAGGGUAAAUCAGGUAUGGGUAGACUGACGGUCGAGGAGCGUAAGAUUGUUGAAGAGAUGUCUGCAUCUGGUCUAAAGCUGAAGCAAGCACUCACAGUAAUCAAGUCCAGAAAUCCUACAAAUGCAUCAACUAUCCGCCAUGUUUAUAAUGCUCGAGCCACUUUAAGAAAGAUUGAAACUAGAGAGAAAUCUCAUAUGCUUCAGUUGAUUAAUGACCUUCAAGAUAAUGCGUACUUAGAAUGGCGUAGAUAUACUGAGGACGCUGAUGCGGUGAAGGACUUAUUUUGGGCUCACCCAGAGUCAGUUCAACUAGCGAAGUGCUUUCCUCAUGUUUUUUUGGUGGACUCCACAUACAAGACAAACAGGUUUAAAAGGUCGUUAUUUGAGAUUGUAGGAGUCACCUCUACAGAUCAGACUUAUUCAGUGUGUUUCACAUUAAUGGAAGAAGAAAAAGAGGAUGACUAUGUCUGGGCUUUAGAAAAGUUCCGUGCAUUGCUUGACCGAAAUGUUCUGCCAUCAGUGAUAGUGACUAAUCCAGAGUUGCCUUUAAUUAGUGGUUUGGAGAAGGUCUUCCCCACUACUAAGCUUCUCUUUUGCCGAUGGCAUAUCUCGAAAGAUAUAAGGGGUGUGGCAAAGAAGGAAAUUGCGGAUACAGAGACAUUCACAAAAUUUAUGGAAAGAUGGGAAGAGUUGAUGGUGUCCCCCAGUGAGAGUGAGUAUGACAGUUGUUUGAGAGAGUUGGAAUCUGACUACUGUGAUGCAGAGACCUUAUUAAGCUAUGUAAAGGAUAUCUGGUUGAACCCGUUUAAGGAUCGUUUUGUUGCUGCCUGGACUGACCUAUAUGUACACUUAGGCAAUACAAGUACAAAGAGAGCUGAAGGUGCACAUUCGAGGCUGAAAAAGCAAUUGAAUGCUGCCAAUUACGAUAUCCAAGGGAUGUGGAAGGCUAUGCAUCCAUUGAUAAACCUUCAGUUUACAGAUAUCAAGGCGUCCUUUGAGGUAAGCAUUAAGGAAUUACAAGAACGACACAGAGUUGGUAUCUUGAGAGAGGUCAUUGGGGCUAUAUCAAUUGCUGCAAUUGACCACAUUUUAAAGGAAAAGAAGCGUGCUGGAUAUAAGACACUAGAUGUUGAUUCAUGUGGUUGUGUGCUUCGUCAUACUCAUGGACUACCGUGUGCACACGAGCUUAUUAAGUAUGAAGAAGAAGGGCGUGCGAUUCCUCUUUCUUCAAUACAUUCCAUUUGGAAAAAGUUAUCUCCCACGCCGGUUCCUCCAAACCGCGGUGAUCUUGACUCUCGCCCUGAGUUUCAUUUGUUUUUUGAGCAUUUUAAUGAAUCUUGUGAAGAUCGGAAAGUGUAUUUAUUGAAAAGAUUAAAGGAACUAGCCAGUCCAGUGGAGCCUGCAUAUCUUAUUUCAAACGGAUUAUUGGAGUGAAAGUUAUUGAUAGCUCAAAGCAUUAUUAGAUAUUCUUUCUAUUCUUCUUUAUAAUGUUCAUAUCUUUUAUUUUCUUA